GGCAGCUGGAGCGCGCGAGCGGCGCCUUCCCCACCCCGGGACCCCGAGCCGGAGCGGCGGAUUCGGAGGGCGCCAGACAUGGAGGAGUUAAUAGUUGAAUUGCAACUAUUUCUUGAACUUCUGGAUCAUGAAUACUUAACCUCCACAGUCAGGGAGAAAAAGGCAGUUUUGACUAACAUUCUUCUGAGGAUACAGUCAUCCAAAGAUUUUGAAAUAAAAGAAAAUGUACAGAAACCAGAGGUUGCCAAUGUGUUGCCGGCCCCCCCUCAGAUGCCUCUGCCAGAAAUCCCACAGCAAUGGCUGCCGCCAGACAGUGGACCUCCGCCAUUACCAUCUUCAUCCCUUCCUGAGGGUUACUAUGAGGAGGCCGUGCCGCUCAGUCCGGGAAAGGCUCCUGAGUAUAUCACAUCAAAUUAUGAUUCAGAUGCUAUGAGCAGCUCUUACGAGUCUUAUGAUGAAGAGGACGAGGAUGGGAAAGGGAAAAAAAUGAGACACCAGUGGCCUUCUGAAGAGGCAUCAAUGGAUCUUGUAAAGGACGCCAGAAUCUGUGCCUUCUUGUUAAGAAAGAAGCGGUUUGGACAGUGGACUAAAUUACUGUGUGUGAUCAAAGAAAACAAGCUCCUGUGCUAUAAAAGUUCCAAGGAUCAGCAGCCGCAGAUGGAACUGUUGUUGAAUGGUUGUAGUAUUACAUACAUCCCCAAAGAUAGCAAAAAGAAGAAACACGAGCUGAAGAUCGCCCACCAAGGCCAGGAUGCUCUGGUUCUUGCCGUACAAAGCAAGGAACAAGCUGAUCAAUGGCUGAAGGUAAUAAAGGACGUGUGCAGCAACAAUGUUGGAGUUACGGAUUCAGAUGGACCUCAGUCUAAUUCUCCUAUACACAAGACUGAACUAGAAAAGAAACUGUCCUCGGAAAGACCAAGUUCUGAUGGAGAGGGUGUUGUAGAAAACGGAAUUGCCACCAUCUGUAAUGGAAAAGAACAAGUCAAGAGGAAAAAGAGCUCAAAGACAGACUCUAAGGGCACAGUGACUAAAGUAACGGGGAAAAAGAUCACGAAGAUCAUCGGCUUAGGGAAGAAGAAGCCGUCCACAGACGAACAAACCUCAUCAGCAGAAGAAGAUAUCCCCACAUGUGGCUAUCUGAAUGUACUCUCGAAUAAUCGUUGGCGUGAGCGCUGGUGCAGGGUGAAAGAUAAUAAACUAAUUUUCCACAAAGACAGAACAGAUCUGAAGAACCAUAUUGUUUCUAUUCCCCUGCGUGGCUGUGAAGUUAUUCCAGGGUUAGAUUCCAAGCAUCCUUUGACGUUCCGUCUGCUUCGAAAUGCACAGGAGGUUGCCGUGUUAGAGGCAUCCUCUUCCGAAGACAUGGGCCGCUGGAUUGGGAUUUUACUGGCUGAGAGCGGCUCAUCUUCGGAUCCUGGCACUUUGCACUACGAUUAUAUAGAUGUGGAUGUGACCGCCAGUGUCAUCCAGGCUGCAAAGCAGACCUUCUGCUUCAUGAACAGACGAGUUCUCUCUACUAAUCCCUAUCGAGGAAAUCCUACCAAUGGCUACGCCUGUCCCAGCGGAAUGGCACUUCAUUACGAUGAUGUUCCUUGCAUAAAUGGAUCAUUUAAAGGAAAGAAAGCUCCUCUGGCUGCAAAUGGAAUUGUGGGAAAAGGGAGAACUUUAAGCAGUCCACAAAAGAAAUCAGAAUUUGCUUCAAAUGUGAAACGCAGUACCUCUAAUGCUGAUCAGUACAAGUAUGGCAAGAACCGUGUAGAAGCAGAUGCAAAAAGGUUGCAGACCAAAGAGGAGGAACUCUUAAGGAGAAAAGAAGCCCUGCGAAAUCGUCUGGCUCAACUCCGGAAAGAAAGGAAAGAUCUCAGAGCAGCCCUUGAAGUGAAUGCUGGCAAGAAAACCUCGAUUAUCCUUGAAGAUAAAUUAAAAAAGCUGGAAGAGGAGUGUAAGUCGAAGGAGUCUGAACGUGUUACUCUGGAAUUAGAGUUGACUGAAGUGAAAGAAAACCUGAAGAAGGCCUUGGCUGGAGGCAUCACUCUGGGGCUGGCAAUAGAGCCCAAAUCAGGAACAUCCACUGCCCAGUCUCCAGUACUUAAACAUCAGACACUGGAAAACUCGCCCAUCUCCAGUUGUGACACAAGUGAUACUGAAUGUUCAGUGCCUGUAAACAGUGCGGUGGUCCUAAAAAGAAAUUCCUCCUCGAGCACCUCCCCCUGUAGGGGCCACGUACUUCAGAAGGCAAAGGAAUGGGAGUUGAAGAAUGGGACAUAAAGGAAUGAAAUCAUUUCUAGCCCUCUGCUUUAAGGUUCUAUCUGGUGUAGCUGAAGAUGGACUGAGGUGGAUUUAUCUAUACAGCAAUAUUAAGAAUUUGUCAGUCCCCUUCAGGCAGUGGUCCAUGCAAACGAAUGCAGCUGUGAGACGGGUCAUCUUGGAUGCGAUGGGUUUAUUAUUGUGCGUCUUCAUCUGGAAUAUCAGUAAUAUAAAGGGAACAAUUCAAAUGGUUUCGUAGCUGGACCAAGUUAGCAAAAACGGUACGAGACGGAAAUGAAGAUUGGCAUGCUUCAGUAUCCAUUUGAAAUAGUUUUAGGUAGAUUUUAAUCAUGUGGUAUGAAGUCUAAUGCGAAAUUCCUAUAUGUGUUGCUGGGGAUCCACAGGUGUGUGGCAUCCAUUCAGUACUUGUGAGUUUUUCACAGCAGAAGACUGAAAAGGUGGCUUCACGGCUGACCUUGGGGACCUGUUUGCUUUCCAUGGUGAUCAGAGGCCAGGAAAGACAAAUCACAGCUGUGAAAUGCCUUUGGGCAGAGCUGGCUCCCGGUUGUUGCCAUCUUUUUAAACUGUACUUUAAAAGAAAUUAUUUAUUAUUUUUUUUCCAAAUGUGUUUAUUUGUUCUUGUUUUUUUAAACAAUAGAUACAGAUGCAACUUCACACAAUUUCAGGAAAAUACAUGCAUAUCAAAGCAAACAACUACAAACUUGCCUUCCUAACUUUGCAAGUUGAAGGGAAUCAAGGAGCUUAAAACAACAAAUGCCUUCAAAUAUAUUCUGAGAAAAAGAUACCAAAUCUGUUUAAAGACAUCAGACCUCCCUCUUUUUGAGAAUGCUGUCUUUUCUCUGACCGCUGAAAGGCAGUUCUUCUAAUCAGAAAUGAAUGUUCGAGUUUUUGUUUUUAUUAUUCCUAAGCACCUGUUAUCUUCAGUGGUCUGUGCUGUAAGAUACACAUUUCUGUCUCUGUGUGUGGUUUUUUUAAAGGGAACAUUUAUUUUUAUAAUUUUUUAUAAAGUUUCCUUCCUUCCUUCCUUGCCUGAGCAAGGUGGUUUCUAGCUUGAAUCUCAGUUCAGUCAUGAACUCAGAAGGUGGCCCAGAGGCCAGUCACAGCACCUAAUCAGCAACAUGUGGAUAAAUGGCCUUACUUGCAAGGUUAUUGUACGGAUUACUGAGGUGACUGAUAUGUGAAGCGCUUUGAAUGCUUGAAAUGUGCUGUUUCUGCACCUCUGCAGAAUUUUGUCGUUCCCAAAGAAAUGUCUGUUAACCAUAACAAAAGUUUUCUCAGAUUGCCCAUCGGGUUGCAGUGGCUCCAGUCCAGAGUUCCAAUUGUGCUCUACUGAACCCACGCAGCUUCUGGGCACUGAGCCUGCCUGUGUAUGGCUCGCCCCCUGUCACAUGAUCCAAGACAGCUCCUUCAUUGGACAGUAGGCAGAUUGACAGGUGCUUUGGCUUCCAGGCCUCCUUGUUCCUUCCCAUUUCAUUUUCUUUCCAGAAGACAGAUAGAAGGGGCUUAGUGUGCGUACAUCUGCCUGCAUUCUUCUUCCUUCUUACUGUCAGAAGCCAGCCUGUGCUUCUAGCUUCACAUGACUAGGAGUGCCUCCUCCUUCUUCUAAGUUAGGCUCUGUUCAAGGGACUACUCUGCAGGGGGCUUCCCAGUGAGUCCAGCCCUCUGUAUUGCUUUGGGAAGACAGGGAGAUGGGAGCUGGAGCAAACGCAGCAAGGCAGAUUUUGUGUUCUCCUCAAAUUUUCAGUACUGAUAAGAUCUUCAUCUUGUUCUUUGAUGCGGAGUCCAGAAUGACUCAAUUGUUGUAGCACGCUUGAUAUCGUGUGAACUGGGGAUGAACAACUCCUUCCUCAUCUUAAGGAGAAGGUGAAAAUGCCUUGUGCAUCCCACAAAUGCAAGCGCCAUCCCACCUCUCUCUCCCCCUUCCACUACAGGAGACCGAUCUCCCGAGGGUUCUUGGGCACUAAGUGAAAAACGGCAGCCCUGCACUUUGAACAAGCUCUGACAAAAGGCUGCAGGGGAGAGUUUGAAACCCCUUUGCUUAGUUGUAUCAGCAUUGAACUCAAGGUCCACAUACUCCAAGACCACUGCAGGGAGACGCUCCACCCUGUGUGCCCUGCCAGGUCUUACCAUAUCAGCAUUUGCAUGGGGUGGGUGGAAUCUCUUUGUUCCUUUCAAGAAAAAAGCCUGCCUAGUUUUGUUUCUCUAACAUUGGAAUCCAGAAUUUGACUGGGCAAGCUAUCUGUUAGUCAGAGAGCACCCUAAUCUCUGGCUGGUUUGGAUCUUCUGUCUGUGGGGAGGAUGCACACAAAUCUCUCUUGUUCAGGGAGUCGGAGAGGGCAGCUUUGCCCACAGAGUAGCCUUUCCUAGUUUUGCAGAUCAAACAGCCCUUGUGGGUAGAUGCGUGAGAAGUUCUAUACACCCACAUUAUCUGCAGCAACCUGGUUGCGUAAUGAGCUUAUUAUGUUAAUAUCCUCAAGGGAUAGUCUGAUAAAAAUACUUAAUAAAGAGAGGCUCAUUUUCUGUAGGCAUAUGCAUUGGCAUGAUGCCAGCUCUUUCUUCCACUCUGUCAAGACUGCCUAUUUCCUCCAUUUGCAGUUUGGGUUUUAUGGCCAUUUUGGCAUAGCUGACCAACGGCGAUGUGCAGAAACCUCAGAUAAAUCCCACAAAUUCACUGCAAGGAAGUUUUAUGCAAAAGUUUUGUUUUGUUUAGGCAAAUUAUUUUAAAACUAAUUUAUUUGUAUAGUUCCUUAGAUGUUUUAAUUUAUAUAUGUACAUAUUUAUGAUGAAUCCUGAUCAUCCUUCCCCUGUGUUUAAUGAGAAAGAUGCUUCUGGGAGCCUCUUCUAAACAGAUCACACUUCAUGUAACCAAAGAACAGACUAGCAAAUUGGAAGAAAUUUCCCCAAGAUGUGCAAUUUCAGUUUUCCGUCCUGAAAACUAUUUUGAGCAGAGAGAGGGAGCGUUUAAAAUUGCAGUCACUACAUCAUCUUAUCUCAGAUCGGCAAGUUUCGCACAACAGAGAGGGAAGCUGUCCAGCCCUCCCUGUAGACUGCGUGGAAGUCUGUGUUUCCAUUACCCUGAUUACUUGUGUGACUUUGUAGGAUGCUUCUUUGUCGCUGCAUCAUGACUUUUAUCUGUGGGAGAGUCAAUUAAGGUACUUGCCAGCAGCAGGCACACCAACAAAACACCUACACCCCGCCUGUUCUCUCUUUCCUUGUGGAACUCUGUAGUUCUUCCAGGACUCAGUUUUUUCCAAAGCGGUUUGAGCACUCUGUGAUGCUGCUGAUUUCUGAUUACAGUGUUGGGCACGGAUGCAGAGAUUAAAAAGACAAACUAGAAGUAAACUGAGCAAGAUUCAAGUCCAGUAGUCCCUUAAACACCAACAAGAUUUCUUGUGUGUAUGCUUUCAGGAGCUUGACUUGGAAAUCUUGUUGGCCUUUAAGGUGCCCCUGGACUUGAAUCUUGCUCUUCUAUUGUGGACCAACAUGGCUACCCACUUGAAACUGUCUUCAUAGAAGUGAACUGUUUGUAGACAACAUUCAGCACUGUGAAAUACACCCCCUUUUGAUGGGGGGGUAGUAUAAUGUAUGUGGUAUGAAAGUAUCUAGCCUAGAUCCCACAAAAAACCUUUUACAAGCCUCCAUGAGAGUGGCUUGAUUGACUUAAGAAUGAGGAGAAAUAUCUGCAUGCAGAAUCAAGGAUCCUUGGGCAAACGUUUAUAUAGAUUCUUUCUUGUAAAAAAAAGCCCACAUUGCAUCAUCCUCUAGGACAGACAAGAAACAGCGCAGGGGAUGAGGCUCUUUUGAGAGCGAAGGCUUGAUUCCCAAUUAACUGGAGUCAGCCGGGGCCAGAGAAUAGGUUGCAUCUGCACCCACUCUUGCCUCUGAGCGCACCCCCUUCUAGCUCUGGUUCACUUGGAAGAGGGGAAUCAAGCAUCACACUUGGGAUAACAUUGGAGGGAGGGCAAAACGGGGGUGGUCCAGUCACCAACAACGAGAAGCAAAGCCAAGUCAGCCCCGGCUUCUCCUGAAAGGAGCUCCAGCAUUGGAAGGGAGGGGUCUGUAUUUGCUGAUUCAUAAACCUGGAACCUGGUCAAUCAACCAUCUAGGAGGCAGAGUCAGGCAGGGGGAUGGGGCCACUUCUGGCUUGGGAAGAUGAUUUCCAGGGCCAAGGUUGGACAAAACAGGCAUUACCCAUCCCUUUGGAUCUCUCUGCAUCACCUGCUCUUCCAGACUUAACUCUAGUUCUCCAGACUCUGCUGUGGUCUCCCAAACCCUGAGGAGUGCCGUCCCAAACCAGAGAAAGGGGUAACAGGGUGCUCUGCCUCCUCGCUUACUUUUUACCCUACCCUAUCAUCACUUCAACCUGGUCAAAGGGCAAAGUAGGCACAACUUCACUUUGCGUGGGAAGAAGUGUAUAGGGUAGAACUGGGUAGUGUUGGUGUUAACUUCCCUCCCUUUCCCCUGCCCAUCAAGUUUCUCAGGCCUUUAGCAAGCUUCUGGUAAAAAGCAAGGAGGCUUUAUAAAAUAAUUUUUGGACUGCCUUUGCAAUAACACUCCCAGCUACUUUUAAAGCUGUUUUAUAUACAUCAAACGUGUUUGUGAGAAACUUCUACAGAUCUAAGCAUCCAAAGUAAAAAUAAUAGAUUUUUAAUUGUUUUUUUACAUUUUUAUAGAGGUACUCUGUAUCAUUGAGGGUACUAUUUAGAUAUCAGGUUAUAAUUUGGGGAACGCUGAGGAUGUUUUUGGUGGUGGUGUUUUUUAAAAAACCUGCAAUGUAUUAAGAAUUUUGUAUCAGUCUUCCAUUAUUACUGCGCCUAUCAAUGAAUCUCAUGUUAAAUACUACUCUCACAUUAAGACUGUAAUUAUUUUCUUACUGUAUUUUCAAAACAAAGCUGUAUUUAAAACUUUCCAUGAAAUAGGAACACAAAACCAAGAAAGCUCUUUUGUUUUGUUUCACCUGUAUUUUAUUUUUCAUUUUACGACUUCUGUAUUUCUCAGUGUAAUGGCUGCUGUUCAAAAGAAAAUGCUGGACUAAAUUAAUUUUUGGCCAGUCCAGCAAAUCUUACGUUCUUAGAAAGGCAUUUAUGAUUUUUUUAAAAAACAAUCUCACAAGUCACAUGAUCAACUUUUCACAUUUCUACUUCAGAAAGUCCUGAAGAGAGUGAAAUAUGACUGGCACCUGGUUGGUGUAACAUGAAUUCACAUUAUUAAUAAAGAUAAUCCUGUAAAAACA